AUGGCCCAUCAAGAUUUGUGCAUUCGCUGCAAGGAUCCCGUCCGAGCAAGACAAGAAGGUAUUCAGUGCGAUGGAUGUGACAGAUGGCAGCACAGAACCUGCAACAGUGGGAUUUCUCGACAGCAAUACAGAAACGCUGUCAGAAAUGGGCAGGCUAUUGACUGGCGUUGUGUCGACUGCAUGAACAUGAGCGCGGGGAUUCUUUUACCACUCGCUGAGAGUUCGAGAGUUGGCCAAGGUAACUAUAUCUGUGUUAUUUAAGAAAUAAAAAAAACAUUUUCCGUGUUUCUAUACAGAAUAUAGAAACACGUGUGGUAGUUUGAGAGAACGAGAAAUAAUCAGCGGGAAAACGAGCUCAUAUAGUUCAUUUAGUUAAUAUUAGUAAAAGUUAUAGUAAAUAUCUUAGUAAACCUUAUGGCUUAUACUAAAAUUUUAGUAAACCUUGGUAAACCUCAUAGAAAAUUAAUUAAACAAAUUCAAAGCUAUGAUAUAGUUGAUUAAUUGCAUGCACAGAGACUUAUUAUUUGCCACAAUAAUACUGUGUACAUCAUCACUUAAUUUUGUAGGCUCAUCACUGACCAGGACGGAUAAUGCUGAAGACAGCAGUCACGGCACCACAUCACCACCUCAAAACAAUGAAGGUAUAACGUUAAAAUAUUUAUUUAAGGUGUCUAUAGCUAACAGUUUGACAGUUUUAAACGUCGUAUUUUUAGGUUUUAUACAGUAGAUAUCAGGAUAUUCAUCUAUUUUGAUGUUUCGUCUUUCAAAUUAUGUCAGCUUUGGUAACAUAUAGUUCGUGGCUAUGGCAACAUACGCGGCUAUGGCAACAUAGUAUCAUAUAGUAUCAUAUAGUAUCAUACAGUAUCAUAUAGUAUCAUACAGUAUCAUACAGUAUCAUAUAGUAUCAUAUAGUAUAUCAUAUAGUAUCAUACAGUAUCAUAUAGUAUCAUAUAGUAUCAUGUAGUAUAUCAUAUAGUAUCAUACAGUAUCAUAUAGUAUCAAAAACCGUUGCAACAGCAAAUCUCUUACUGUAAUAGUAUAGUGUUUGUGAAAGCAAGCUAUUGCCAUUUUUUGCACUUGCUAACCGAGCGUUUCUUCGUGACCCCCCCCCUCCAGAUUCUUAACAUAUAUUCUCUACAGCCCCUCUAAAUAUUACUUGUAAAUAUUAUGGCGUGUACAAAUUCGUAACGCAAAAAGCACGUUCGGAUUGUGCACGCAUAAGACACAGUUACUGUUACUCACAUAUAUGUUUGUUCCCUAGCUGUGCACUUAGAUAAUUCAAGGACCGCCAAUGAUGAGUUGAUUGAUGAAGAGUUGGUUAACAUUUUGGUAGAUAUGGCAAACGAAACCGAAGGAUCAGCAGAAGAUAACAGCACACCAUCCAACCACAUUCAAGGUAUGCAUAUAGUUUAUCCAGAUCGAGAGUACCAAUAGAGGAAUUUCAAAUAAUUUAUUAUAUUCAUUUUGAAAUGAAUGGUGUUUCUUGGAAUCUGAUUGGCUCUUCAAGAGUACUGACUUCAGCCAACUUUUAAUCAUAUGUAACCAUAGGAUUCAAACAGCUAAUCAAUUUUAAGAGCAAUUUACAGAAUUUACAGGACAGAGACCUUGAUUAGACAUUUAGGUUUUUUAGGGCCGCAAGUUAUAUUGUUGCAUAUAGUUGCAUUGUCUACAGCUGCUCCUGGUCAUAAGUCUAAAAAUAAAAUGUUGAUAUAUUUGAGUGUUUAAUACUCAUGCAAAAUUCCUACUGUGACUUCAGAAACUAUGAUAGUGUGAACCAGCCUCAAACUAUUAUGAAAUUGCUGUAUUUCAGAAAGUGAAGACACUGUGAGUAAUGACUCAAAUCAAGAAGAGCCAUCAACAACGGCAGCAGUGGAGCCCUCUCUCAUGGACCCUCCAAUUGCUAAUGUUGAAGUCCACCAUGCCCCACUAACAUAUCGAAUUGUGGAGGAGGGGACCAAACGGAGAAAAAUAAGUCUG